AUGCCAGCCUCCUUCAUAUGUCAAGCACUGCUCCCCAGCGGCAACCACAACCACCACCACACUUCUAUAAGCCACAUUCAUCAUGACCACCCACUGCACCUAGAUGAUCCUACUAUCCUCGCUGCCUCUGUCACCACUACUACUGCCACCACAACCUCGACGUCUCCUACUUCUUUGUGUUUCAGCUCUGGCUAUGAUCCAUCCUCAUACCUGGCAGUCUCGACUGUGCCACCCCUCGAUAUCUCUGCGCGAGCUAUUUCGCCCUGUUUGAGUGAUAUCUCAGAGGCCAAGACCUUCUAUAGCACGGUGAAUGUCACCGAAGUCUCCGUGGAUACCUACGACUCGCCGCUGGCGUCAAAUCCACCAGCGACUGAGUCCUUGGACCAUAUGAACGGUAGCUCCGAAAGGGUGAAUGUGGUGGCAGCAGCGCCAUCCACUCCUCCUUCCGCUGGACAUCACACCGCCAAAAGGAAAAGAACCAUUUCGCCACCAUCACCAUCCCACCGAUCUCCCGGUCAUGUUCGCUCCACCUCUCGAAGCACUCGUGGUUCGGCCCCCGCCAGCCGCCGCAGUUCGCUCCAUUCGCACCGUCGAGCGGCCACCGUCUCUCUCACACCGUCCGUCGUUGAUCGAAAGGACCCGGAGACGAAGCGCGAGAACCUGUUAGCGCUGCAUCGCGAAUCCUGUCGGCUCUUCCAGUCCAAUGGACUUCAGCAACCCAGUUUGCAGGACAAACGACCCCUUCCAGUCCUUUCCAACACCACUCCAUACCCGCCCCAAGCGUCUUCGGAAUUCAGCUCACCUCCAGCAUCUCCCAUCGUUUAUACCCGGCUAUCCUUUCCAGGGCGUGAACACGAACCUGGACCUGGCGAUAUCCCCCAGGAUACACACGUGUCUCCUUCAAAGGCUAACCCUGACGCGCCGAAACAGGUGACAGCGACUGUGAUCGACUGGACAUCGCCUUCGACUCGCAGGCGAGAAUACGAAAAGAUCGACCGAGCCAGCACCGGCAUGCGGGGCUUCUGGCGUCGCGUGGCACCCCGGUGGUGCCAAUUCGGGGACCGUUACAUGCCGUUCUUCGAGGAAGGGAAGGACGGUAAGGGCAACUAUGAGGGCAGCGUCCGCCGAUUCCGCCUGAACCUGCCCGAGGAGCCGGAGAAGGAGUCUGGCAAGACCAGGUUCCACCGGGGCUUGAAGCUUAAGAAAAGUUCCGUGAUACAUAUACUGGGCGUUCGCCGCCAGACGGUCUAG